CAAUGUAACAUCUCGACGCUUCCGGUGCAAACAUACAUGGAGGAGACAAAACUGUCAUGAUACUAACGUAAAAGCCCGUUUGCCGUUGUUGUUGUUGUCUUGAAUUGAUGUUGUACGUGUAAAUUUGGUGAAUAUGAUAUGAAUAUAGUUACGUUUGUGUUUUUUUCUCAUAACGGUUAGUUACGUUUGAUCCACGCGCUUAUUUUGCAGUUAGCCGGGCUGUAACCUUGGCGUGCAUGACUGUAACGGUAGUUUAACUGAAGAGGAGCUGGUGGCCGUUAACGGCAACCCUACCGAAAAAUAAAACAUGUCAGGAGUCUGUUGCGGUUUGAGCUCUUUAUCAGUCAAGAUCCUGACAGAAGCUACACUUGUGUCACCUUGCCCGUGGUUUGUGUCUGCACGCAGCAAAUUUACCAAAGCAAGAAUCCCAAAAGAGCUUUUCGCUGAGCGAUCGAAAGAACAUGAGAAAUAUGGGGGUGAUCCAGACCAACCUCAUAAACUGCAUAUAGUGACACGAGUCAAAAGUGUGAUGCGAAGACCGUACUGGGAGAAAGAGAUGGUGAAACACCUUGGGCUUGAAAAGGCACACGUACCUGUAAUUCACAAAAACACACCUGCAGUCAAUAGCCAACUGAAAUUUGUCAAGCACCUUGUAAGGAUCCAGCCGCUGAGGACUCCCUAUGGACUCCCUGCUGAACAGGACAUGGCUGAAACCUACAUUAACAGCAAAGGAGAGUUGAUUGUUCGUCGCCUCCUCCAACCUCUAGACCCCAAGGCUAUCGAAUCUUAGCUCCACUUUCAGUUGUAUCAAUUCAUAGUUCAAUUGUUCAUAAAUAUCAUGGAAAAUCCAGUGCUCUUAGCUUCCUGUUCUGAUUCCACUACACUGAGGAACUGCUGUGGCAUUAGCCGUAUUAUUAGGCGAGUUAUUGGACUUUAGACUCCAAAUGAAUGUGAGAAAUGUUCUCAUCACACACUAUUACAAGUCCUUCAGCAAACUAGGGGCCUGUCUCAUGAAGCAGGUACCAGUUUACCUGAAUAAUAAAACGUCUGUGUUCCAGGUUCCAGAUUUUGUAUACUCAUCAAUAAAUGCCAGUUUAAAUACCAUGAUAAUUUAACAACAGGUGAUGGUUCAGAUUCUUUAUUAAACAUGACUUAUAAAAACUCAACAUAAAUUAAAGACAUUUUGAAAUAAA